AUGGCCGCCCUCCGGCUGGUGUGCCUGUACGGGCUGCUGCUGCUCGGUGGCGUCUCCUGCAGCACCGUCGCCGGCAGGUUCCUGUCCCAACUGCCGCAGACCAUCUUCCAUCCCUUCAUCAACUUCUAUGAAAUUCAUCUGGACCCGGAGGACUAUCAAACCCUGACAAACGUCCCAAGGCUAGUGGCCACCGCCAUCAUGGGCAUCGCCUACGGCCUGGCUAUGCUCGGCCACCUCCCCGUCAAGUUCGGGGCCAACUCGGACGGGAAUAAGGCGGCGUACGCUAAGGACCGGCCUCCGGGAGCCUAUGGAGCCUACAGCUACAGGCGCCGACGCUCGGCUAUGCAGCAUAUCAGAUCGAGGACCGAGAUGGACUUGUGCGUGAUGCGUCUCGUGUGCGAGCUGAGCGUCGAGUACCGCGACGACCCCAGCCGCUUUCACGCCAUUGAAGAGGCAGUGCUGCGCAGGAUAUUCCGGGGAGGUGAGCAGUCGGCCGACAGGACCAGCCCUCAGCUCGAGGAGGGUACCGGUGCUGCCAGCCCGGUCUGCCAGCAGUGGGCCUCGCCGUGCUCCGUCAGCUGGAUACUAAACAGUCUCACCGAUCGCCCACCAGUUGAUAGUGAGGGCGGCGCUCAGACGUGAGGCGCUCGUCACGAGACCCGGCGUCACAGGGGACGUGGCUCCACCGCGAGCCGGCCCCGGCGCAGACGUCGCCGCCGGCCGCUGCGCUCCGCCGACCCCCCUCAGUCGUCUGCCGGCCGCGUUAGGGUGUUCUGUUACGCAGUGUUCUAGGUGCUCUUGUCUGUUACGAGGAGUAGGCAUAUGUGGUGCUUGUAGGUUGGGUUGGACCAUUGGCCGUUGUUAUUUAUUUCGCUUGUUUUAUCGUUGACAGUUAAGUCAAUGGCUAGGGUAUGAAUGCGUAGGCAUAUGCCACCUCACAUCGAUUGAAUGUGUGUGCUUUUGGGUAGCGUACAACAGAAACAGUCUCGCAAGUCAUUAUUGUUUAUUUGUUUUUGGGGGGCAUAAACAGUUCAUAGGCAGAAGUCCAAUUGCGGAAGCAGUCCAGUUUGAAAACAAUGAAUACACGAUACACCCACAGGCAAAAAACCUAACCACACACACAUGGACACAUACAUACGUACACAUUACAUACAGUCACACACAUACCUUACACGCUCAGACACAACGGUCAUCAAAGAACGCUCCACGAGUGCCGGCGAACCUCAGCAAAUCAUAUUGAAAUGAUCGUGUUGGCUUGAUAAGUCAGUUGAAGGAGAUUACUGUAGAAAACGAUUGCAGGCAAGGGUUAGAUGUGUGGUAAAUCCAUUUCAAACCGUGAUGACCCCUGCAAAUGGCUUGUGGAAAAUGCGGAUGUAGCCAGACCGAACAGCGAUGUCAGGUAAGCACAGUCAAGCCUGUGAUGAUACACGCUGAAUAUAAAUUAGAUGUCAGACUGAAUAAAACAUACUU